CCUUCAAGACAACCACUUCUCUCUCAUUCUCUCUCUCUCUCUCUCUCUCUCUCUCAAGAAUCUUAGGAGAGAGAGAGAAAGAUAAGGGAGCUGCAGGUUCACAUAGUCACCCAGUACCUGCGCUACUAUUACUUUAGUAAUAUUGCAACAUUAAACUCAUCACGAACUCUCACCCUAUAAACCUAUACCUGAGCCAUCAAUACCAUCACUAUACUCUGCUUGUGGAAAGGUGCAAUGGCAGUUCAAAGAAAAACCCGUCUCUUUUUCUUGUCCUCACUGUUCCUUUCUUUAUCUUCAAUCUGCUCCCCCAUUUGUGCUUUCACCAAAGAACAAGAGCUAGAUCGAAUCUCAGCUCUUCCUGGCCAACCAAAAGUCACAUUUUCACAGUUUUCUGGUUAUAUCACCGUCAAUGAGGAACAUGGGCGUGCAUUAUUCUACUGGUUCAUAGAAGCUACUUCAAUUCCUUACAAGAAACCUCUUGUUCUUUGGCUCAAUGGAGGACCAGGUUGUUCCUCAGUGGCAUAUGGAGCUUCAGAGGAAAUUGGACCAUUUCGGAUUGACAGAACUGGUUCAUCUCUUUAUUUGAAUAAGUAUUCAUGGAACACAGAAGCAAAUGUUCUCUUCUUGGAGUCACCUGCUGGUGUGGGAUUCUCAUACACAAAUACAAGCUCUGAUCUGAUUGAUUCUGGUGAUAAAAGAACAGCUGAGGAUGCUCUAGUUUUUCUCAUCAGAUGGUUUUCAAGAUUUCCUCACUACAAAUAUAGAGAUUUCUUCAUUGCUGGAGAAAGUUAUGCAGGUCAUUAUGUUCCUCAACUGGCAAAGAAAAUCCAUGAUUAUUAUAAAGAGGAUUCACAUCCCAUUAUCAAUCUCAAAGGAUUCAUUGUGGGAAAUGCUGUGACAGAUAACUACCACGAUGGUAUUGGAACUGUUACAUUCUGGUGGAGCCAUUCAAUGAUAUCAGACACAACAUAUCGAUCAAUUCUUAACAACUGCAACUUCAAAGAUGACAAUAAAACAUCAAAAGAAUGUGAUGAUUCUGUGAAUUAUGCCAUAAACCAUGAAUUUGGCUAUAUUGAUCAGUACAGCAUUUAUACACCAGCUUGUAUACAGCUGCAAAAUGUUACUAAUGUAAGGUUUUUAAGACUGAAAAAUACCCUUUUGCGACGAAGGGUUUCUGGUUAUGAUCCUUGCACUGAGCAUUAUGCAGAGAAAUACUAUAACAGACCUGAUGUGCAGAAGGCAAUGCACGCAAAUGUUACAGGAAUUCCUUACAAAUGGACUGCUUGCAGUGAUGUGCUGAUCAAGAACUGGAAGGAUUCUGAAUCAUCUAUGCUACCUAUAUACAAGGAGCUAAUGGCAGCUGGUCUAAGAAUCUGGGUUUUCAGUGGUGACACAGACUCGGUGGUUCCUGUGACUGCCACUAGGUUUUCCCUGAACCACCUCAAUCUCACCGUCACAACUCGGUGGUAUCCUUGGUACUUAGACAACCAGGUUGGAGGAUGGUCAGAAGUUUACAAUGGGCUAACCUUCGCAACAGUGAGAGGAGCCGGCCAUGAAGUACCAUUAUUUCAACCAAAGAGAGCUUUCAUUCUUUUCAGAUCAUUCUUGGCAGGGAAAGAAUUGCCAAAAUCAUAACAUUGGCAUAUUAUUCACUAUUCAGAAACAAACAUGAAACAACAAAAAGAUUUGAGAGUAAAUUGAUUUUUGCUUUAACAAGGUUUCUGGAGCAAUCCAUAAACCCAUGCCCCACCAUAAAAAUGAUGGGUUAAGCAAUUCAUUCAAAGUAUAAUUCAUAUUUCUAAGACAAUUUGUUUUUUUUUUUUUUCUUAUUCUAAUUCAUUAAAGACAAGAAAACCAGAUAAUUGAUGUUUCAUACCAUCUGUAUUCUGUAGAAUCUCUAAUGCAAGAACAAUAGAGGUCUGAGGUAUUCCAGAGAAACAAAAUGGAAAACAUCUUUCUAUC